GGGCGGAGGAGAGGGGCCGAGCGACAGCCGGGAGCACGGUAGCCGGGGGUCAGGCUUGCUCAGCUGGCUAGGUGGGGGACUGCUCCCCAUUCCCCUUGCGAGAGGCCGGCUAUCCACGCCCCGCCGAGAUGCCGGAAGAAAACAUCUUUCUGUUUGUGCCCAAUCUCAUCGGCUAUGCCCGGAUCCUCUUCGCCCUCAUUUCCUUCUACUUCAUGCCCAGCUGUCCAUUAACAGCCUCCUCCUUCUACUUGCUAAGUGGGCUCUUGGAUGCCUUCGACGGACAUGCGGCAAGGACCCUGAAUCAAGGGACACGGUUUGGGGCGAUGCUGGACAUGCUAACUGAUCGAUGUUCUACCAUGUGUCUGCUGGUAAACCUAGCUCUGCUCUACCCUCGGGCCACCCUACUCUUCCAGCUCAGCAUGAGUCUAGAUGUUGCCAGCCAUUGGCUGCACCUACACAGCUCAGUGGUCCGGGGCAGUGAGAGCCACAAAACCAUUGACCUAACAGGGAAUCUUGUCCUUCGACUUUACUAUACUUCACGGCCAGUGCUGUUCAUUAUGUGUGCUGGGAAUGAAUUUUUCUACUGUCUGCUUUACUUGCUCAGUUUCUCAGAAGGACCCUCAGUGGGUUCAGUGGGUCUGUUCCGAGUGGGACUCUGGAUCUCUGCCCCUAUUGCUCUUCUCAAGUCCCUCAUCAGUGCCAUCCACUUGGUCACUGCUGCACGCAACAUGGCUGCCCUGGAUGCUGCUGACCGCGCCAAGAAGGAAUAGUCCUGAUGUCUUUUCUGCUUCCAACAAACUUCCAGUCCCAUUCCUCUCCACGAUGCCCUGCACCCUAACACCCAUGGUGCUGGUGUGCCCUCCCCCAGUGAGGUCAGCUUUUUAUAUAGUAUAAGGCAAGUCCUCCACAGUGCUGUUACCCCCUUACCCCCCCCCCCCCGCAAUGCUGUCAGAACCUCUUCAAGGAUGUCACUGUUCUUUGUUUCCACUCCCAUGUGAUGUCACUUCCCUGAGAUGAGGGUAGCACCUAGACAUCAGAUGAGGGCUCUCUGUGGGGGCAAUGAUGGAAGUCCCAGCCACAGGAGAUGAGGCCAUAGGCUCCAUGACUUGGGGAUGGCCAUAGCUCAAGGGUGGCCAAGCUCCUUGGGAGCAGGUGUGGAGACACGGGUGUGUUCUUGCACUGAGCCAGGCCAGAGAGCUGCUGUUUUCCAGCCCCAGGAGACAGUGUGAUCCAUGCGAGUUAGCAUGGUACUGCUGUAUUUGAGGGAGAUGGUGUGGGGGCUGGCUCUCCACAAGGGGCCAAACUCCUCUCAUCCUGGCCUGGAUAUGUCUCGAAUUGGAGGAGUCUUUGCCCUGGGGACUUUACCCAGGAGGGAAGGAGGCCGUCUGGAUCCUUCCCUGCUGUACUGUGUCUCAUGAUGUGUAAUCUGGCCCUGAGGCCUUGAUGAUAAAAGAGGAAACUUCACAAUCAGA